UCAGUAGCAUCAUCCAAGCUUGGGUUUGCUGUUGGAGCACUGUUUAAUGAGCAAGGAGGUCUCAUUAGUGAUCCAGACAUCAUAAGGGAUGGUGACAUACUGCUGGCGGCUGCCGAGGGUGAGCCGUUUUCCCGUGCUGCGCCAUCCCUCGCUGCUGGCGGCGCCGCUGGUGUCCGGAGCGGGUGCUCCGACAGUGGCACCACUGAGUGGGUGACGCUGAACGUGGGCGGCCGCCUGUUCACCACCAGUGUCACCACGCUCACUGGCGUCGAGCCGAACUCGAUGCUGGCCAGGAUGUUCGGCGGCGACCCUGAGGGCUUGCGUCCCGGUGACCGGGACAGCUCGGGCGCCUACCUGAUCGACCGCAGCCCCACCUACUUCGAGCCGAUCCUGCACUACCUGCGCACGCGGCAACUGGUGCUGGACGAGGGUGUCAACCCGGCCGGUGUGCUGGAGGAGGCGCGCUUCUUCGGGGUGGAGUCGCUGCUGGGCCGGCUGGAGGCGCUGGCGGCGGCCGCGCCGCCGGUCGCCGCCGACGCGCCGCUUUCGCGCCGAGAGGUGGUGCGUGCCCUGCUGGUGACGCCCAGCCAGGCCAGCCUCCGCUUCCAGGGCGUCAACUUCACUGGCGCCGACCUCUCCAAGCUCGAUCUCAGGAACAUCAACUUUAAGGUGGGACCGGGCGCGCCGAGGGCCGGGUCCCCGCCCGGGGCGCGAGACGAGCGGCUGCCGACGAUCGCCGGCGGUGCUUGUUCCGCUGGGUUUGGAGGUAACGGCGGUGGGUAG